AUGGCAACAAAGAGAAAGAGUAAUGGUGGCCAAGUUGAAGAUUCAACAACAAAUACUACUACUAGUACUACUGCCACUAAUCAUAUAUCUGUUGAAUAUGAUAAUGAUAAGCAACCAUCACAACAACUUCAACCAAAACAACAAUCACCAGAUCAAUUCAGAUCAUUUAUACUCGAUCGACCAAAAAGAGAUGGUGUAAAGAGUAGAUUUUUUUCAACUACUUCAACGACUUCAACUACAUCAACAACAAGUAAAAAGGAAGAAGAAUUAGAGGAAGAAGAAGACGAAGAAGAGGAGGAGGAAGAAGAUUAUUUUCAAGGAUCAGAAUCAGAAUCUGAACAAGAAGCAAAAGUACAAAAGAAAUCAAAAUCAAAAUCAAAAUCAAAAUCAACAAAGAAACAAAAAUUACUACUUGACAAUGUUGAUAUUGAAUCAACAAUGGAUGAAAAGGUAUCAUUGGCAAAAGAGAAAUGGGAAGAGACAUGGGAUUUAAUACAUCAAAUGAGAUUGGCAUUACCAGCACCAGUCGAUAAUUUGGGUUGUGAUUCAUUCAAUGAUGAUAAGUUGGAUCCCAAGGUAUCGAGAUUUCACACAUUGGUUGGAUGCAUGUUGUCUUCGCAGACUAGAGAUGAACAAACCUAUGCAUGUAUGAAUAGACUGCGUAAACAUGGAUUGACAAUCGAGAAUGUAUUGGCAAGUGAUACAGAUACACUAGAAAAGUUAAUAUAUCCAGUUAGCUUUUACAAGAGAAAGGCAGACUACCUCAAACGAAUUUGUAUCAUUAUGCGUGAUAAAUACAAAGGUGAUAUUCCACCAAACUUUAAAGAGUUGUUAGAGUUGCCUGGUAUCGGUCAAAAGAUGACAAAUCUUAUUGUCCAAGUGGCAUGGGGUCGAACUGAAGGUAUAGCUAUCGACGUUCACAUGCAUCGCAUUGCCAAUAGACUUGGUUGGGUUCAUACUGAAACACCCGAUAAAACAGAAAUUGCCCUAAAGGAAUGGCUACCAUUUGAACGAUGGGAUGGUAUCAACAAAUUACUAGUUGGAUUUGGUCAAACCACCUGUACACCACUUAGACCAAAAUGUCAAAACUGUAAAGUUAAUCACCUAUGUCCAACUGGAAUUGAAAAUAUGAAAUCAAUCAACGAUGACAACAAUGAUAAGAAGAAGAAAAGUAGUAGUAAAAAAGAAAAAGGUAAAUCUUUUGGAAAAAAGAAAUAA